AUGGAGGCCGACCAGUUGGUCGUCAGACUCGACGAUUUGAGGGCCAUCGCCGAUGCCACCUUUCGAUUGACCUUUAGCUUCACCAAAAACGACGGCAAGUUGAAAUCGGAGAUCCGGGCCGUUGCCAACGAAAUACAAGACAUCGCGGGCUUGUUGCAUCGACUUUCUCUGUUAGCAUCAGGACUUGAAGAGACUAAGAACCAUGAUUCGGACAUCAAUGCUGCCCCGCCCCCACUGGUCUCAUGUCGCACCACUUUAGAACAACUAGGGGGAUCGCUAAGGAGACGAACAAAUAGAUCGGACGACGACGGAUGCGAACAGAAAAGGUAUGCCUAUGUCAAGUGGCCAUUUACGAGGGCCUGGACAACAGAUCUCCUGAAUGAACUGAGUGAGCACAAGAAGACAAUUUCAGAAGGAUUGAAUGGAGAAUCAAUCAAACAUCUGUUACAGUUACUAUCAAAAGGGAAGUCUGUGGCAACCAUACGUGACGAAGACUGGAUAUCCGAAGUUUUCACCGACUUUCUCCAAUCCUCUGGGUAUUUCCAAGGCAUCUAUAUGGUCCUCAAUACCUUUCUACGCGUCCGAGAGGAUUCAUACAUCAAGAUACAAGAUCGAUACAAACACUUGUCAAUACAGUCGAGCUUUUUCCAAGGAGAAGACUUCGAAAAUUGGCUUGAUAAGGGAGGAUCACACCUUCUCUUCACAGCUCCUCCGGGCGGGGGGAGAACCGCCUUCACCGGCGCACUAGCACGGGAAACCUUUCGGCGACGCCGUGCACGAACUGUUGUUGUACCCAUCUACUUUGAGCUUCUAAGUGGAUGGACCAGAUGGACCACGGAUAUGAACAUACUUGGCACCAUCGUUGCUCUGAUCGCGCGCCAGAAUCAGGGCGCGUUUGAAGUCUUACGCCGAUAUCGUCGCGACCUAAAUAUCCAACCGAGAUGGGCAACAAAUGGAGCGAGCAUGGAAGGACUGAAAGGUGUUCUUUGGCAAAUGUCAACUUUCUUUGAACAUGUCUUGGUCAUUGUAGACUGCUCAAAGUCUGGCGGAAAUGGCAUCAUAUCGAUGAUCGCCUCUUUGAUAAAGACUUCCAACGAAUCCGCACCGAACUUUAGUUUGGCAGUGGUUUGUCAAGACCUCGAGUUUGUUCGGGAGUCUUUGAGCGAAUCCGUCACUAAAUGUGACAUUGCACCAUCCAUGGCCAUCUUGCAGGCUUUCGCUGCCACCGAGGUAGAAAGACGAGUCAGGACCGGGGCUCUGCGGUUCCAACGGACAGCAAUGAAGGAUGCCACGAUCCGCAAACUCAGCGUUGGUGACGACCAUGUCUUCUGGAAGAUCGCAUAUCAACUCGACCACCUCUGCUCCUUGCAGUCCCACUCUGAGCAGGUUGAGUUUCUGGAGAAGCUCCCAUGCUCGCUGCACGACACCUACCGCUUAACGCUGGAAGAAUUUCAAAAGCGGACGCCAGAAUCUCGAAGCUUGAUCCUCAGGGCUUUACAACUGACGAAAUGUUCGCGCCACAAACUGAGUGCCCAAGAGUUCUGCCAAGCACUUUCAGUUUCAGGCAUUUCCGGGCUAGAUCCUGAGAUGUUGGAAUAUCCGGAGGUGGACGAAUCAGAGAUUCUGCGACAAUGCAGUCCUAUGAUCAUAAGAUCGCUGGAUGGCAACAAGUUUGUGUUUGCGCACGAUUCGAUUGAAAGCUUCCUUACGCAUAGAUAUAUCGACCAAUCCAGCGAUUUGGCCGCAUAUUGUCUCACGACUUCCGGAACGAAUCGGCUUCUUGCUACCUGUGCACUCAAGUUCCUGACCUUAGAAACUACGGAAGUCAACUCUUCCGCCGCAACAUGGUCGAACAAAGAUUUAGGAGAUAGUACUUCAGAUACCCCACCUCAUCUGGGAUCAUCAUCCUCCGCAAGUCCUCCGCUGAGGAAGAAGAUGUCCAAACGAUCUUGGGCAGCAGGCCAGACAAGGCGCCUUGCACGUGUGCUAAGGCGAGGCGACUUUACUCCAUUACACAUGGCUGCUCUCCUGGGCAUCGAUGCCGUCUGCUCGGAGUUGAUUCGAAUUGGAGAAAAUUACAAUCGACCGAGCAAGAUAGGGACCCCUUUGCAGUGUGCGAUUGGAGGUACUUUACUCAUUGGUGACCACGAUAUCCCGGCGGGCAAUUCUCCAUUGCCACCAUGGCUCAGCCGACCACGUAAAAGCACUAUUGAGCUGCUGAUCAAUGCGGGAGCGGAUUGUACACGAGAAUUGCCUAGUCAGACAUACCCUUGGAGCACUGUCGGUGCUUUGGCCCUGAAGACCUCAGAAUGGGCUAGGAAUUCUGAAAUCUUCGCGGUUGUCGUUAGAGGAGGUGCUCAACUGCACGAUGACAUUAUCGCUGUGUUCAGGUCGAUCUGUCGCAAGUGGUCAAAGCAUAAAGAUGCAGGAGCCAAGGAACUUAUUCAGGACAUCUUGGAAAUCUUAAACGGAAUGGUUGAGAAGAAAGAGGGCGAAUCGCUGGCUUAUCUCAAAGCUUUCCAGCAGGCGGUUUCGGAAACCACUGACAUCGACAUACCACUGCCUGUCUCGCAAGGCAUCUCCGAUGACAUGCUUGUCCAACAGAUGUGGAAAUCAAUCGACGAUGACAACUUGAAAGCGAUCGAGGAUCAAUCUCAAAGCAACACAAGAAUCAAGGACCUCCUAAAAGGCGACAUCUUGACGAAACUGCUCGACUUCGCUGUCGCAUGCUCAGCUGUCAACUGCUUGGACCACUUGCUCACGAAUUACAUGGCCGAAAACGGCCCAAAUGACUGGAAAAGCAAAGCUGUGCUUUAUUGCGUCGAAGAUGGAAAGCAAGAAGUCCUCUUAUGCUUAUUGAAGGAUGGUGCUCAAACCAUGAGAGCCAAUGCGAGAGGAAGCACCAUCUGGCAUCUCGCAGCUGCCAAAGCUACCUCAACUGGAAUUCUCAAAAUCUUACUUGAAAACAGUGACGAGGAAGAACGAAAAGAUGCCUUGAGAAUGUUGAAUGAGAGUGGCCGUACCGUGCUUGCCAAAGCGCUAGUCAGCAAACAGUACUCAAACGCCUCUAUCAUCCUCAAAUACUGCGGAAAGGAUCGUGCGUGCCUCAAGAGCAGACAUCCAUCACUACCUCACCUUGUGGCGGGUAUUCAGGAUAGCGUCUUACUCAAGGAGUUGCAUGAUUGCGAAAUGUUCGAAUUUGUGGCUAAAGAUACGCCUCUCAAUUACUUCCAUAUAAUAGAAGAUUCAGCAUGUGUGGAAGCGACUCGCCAACUCCUGGAAAUAUUUCCCUACCCUUGUUCCGACCAGCCUCCAACGCCCUUGAGGAUAUACCUGUCAAGAUACGACUUGAACACCUACAAGAAAGAACUUGUAACCCUUCUUGUCCAGAAAGAGCUGUCUGCCGCACCUAUCGUCAACGGUAUCCAUACCUGGCAGUGGUUCUGCAAAAGCGUGCAGGGUUAUUUCAGAAGAGCAUCAGAAGCUGAGGCCUGGGAAGUUGUCGAACUUGUGAAGCUCAUGGUCCAUCUCGGUUGCAUGGACGAUUAUGAAAAAGCUAGAGAAACAUCUGGGCUGGUAGAGAUCGUUCCUCUCUUUGAUGUCGACUCAUUGCCGAGGGCGUUUACACCUGACAACGACGCUGUACUUGCGACUGAAGAGAUAUUCGGCAUUGUUCAUGACACAACGACCUUACCUCAGUACUACAAAAGUAGUGGUAUGGAUAUCAAGGUCAUCAAGUGGACUAUUGCUCACAAUUCUUGGCACCUGUUUCGUCGUCUUAUCCACACGGAUAUUGAUGUUCAUAAGAGGGACAGGAGAGGAAACUUGUUAGAGUACGUGUGCUCUCACGGUACCGAAUUCAACGGUCAUAGGAUGCUCGCGAAUCUUUUAGAACGAGCUGAGAAAGAUCGUCUGAACGAGCUGAAUCCCGACAGAAACCUUGGUCUCUUACACCUACUAGGAAUGCCAUAUGGCAAGGAGGACUUAUCUUCAGAUAGUAGUCCCUUGUUCAGUCCUAGUUUUAUCCCGAUGGAGAACUUCAGUCAACCACAAGGUUCAGCUUGCCCAAUGCGUUUAGGGCCGGGGGGAUUCGCGGCAUUGAGGACACCACGCGACAACCCAAAGUUUAGCAUACUCCAACGACUGCUUGACGAGCACAUGGAUCGCCAGCUUCUGUCAAUAGGUGUACGACACAGGGAAGAAGCUCACAGAGGCCAACUGCUAUUAGGGUCUAAAAGAGGAAUUACUAAAAUCUGCCCUUCCCUCGAGGUAUACUACUAG